AUGACUCUAGGCCAACGCAUCGACUACUACCUCUCGCAAGUCCCGCCUGCGCCCCAAGCGCUGCAUCACCGAUGGGCCUCGUUGCGAGGUGACCGAUCGGAUUGGACGAUGCUGGCGUCGAUCUUGGUGCCGCUCUUGGCGGGCUGGGUGUAUCUCAAGGUCGUGCAUGUACCUUGGGAUGAGAGGGCGCGUAAAGUCGAGUGGCUCGUACCCGAGGAGGCUUUGUGAGUGUGCUUCUUCUCCAAGGGCGGAGGCGGAGGGUGGUGAUGAGUGCGGCUCUGAACGCAGCUCUGAACGGGGAUGAUCACACCCGUCGUUGGGGGUUGAUAGGCCAUCCUGGAAGCCAGCAAAGGUCUUGUCCCACGCCUCGAUCAAUUCGCAUCAAUCGGACCCUUCCCUCGUCCCAGCGGAGCACAAGUCCCAAGAACGCACCUACAUCACCUGCUACGCCCCCGCUUCCGGAGCGCACCUCGCGACCGUCCCUUCCACAACCGCGGCCGAAAUCGACGACGCGAUCCUCCGAGCCGAAAAGGCGCAAAGAGAAUGGCGCACCAGUUCGUGGAGUCGAAGGAGGAGGCUGAUGAGGACUUUGUUGAGCUGGUGUACGGUCGAGAUGGAAGGGAUCGCCAGAGUCGCGAGUAGGGAUACGGGCAAGACUCGUACGUAUUAUCCUCCCAGAAGGAUUCAUCGUCCCGUACUUGUGCUCAUCAUUCGUUCCCGAAAUUCCUGCAGUUGUGGACGCGGCUUUUGGGGAGAUCUUGACCACGUGCGAAAAGUUGCGAUGGGUUAUUGCGAAUGGGGAGGAAUGCUUGAGGCCGGAACCGAGGCCGUCAGUUUUGCGGGGUUUAGAGAGCCACAAGGGUGUAAACAACACAGCUGAUCACAGCCUUUUUUCCACAGUACAAACAUGGUCUUGGCGCACAAAGUGUCCAAGGUGCACUACGAGCCGUUGGGCGUCGUUGCCGCGAUCGUCAGCUGGAAUUAUCCGGCGCACAGUCAGUCCAAAUCCCCCCUUCACCGAUCACAAGAGACGGCGCAGCAGGAACUGAUCCUGUACGAGUCUCGACCUGCUCUACAGACGCGCUGUCACCCAUCAUCGCCUCCCUCUUCUCCGGCAACGCGAUCGUCGUCAAACCCUCCGAACUCGUCGCCUGGUCCUCGCACCACUUUGUCCAAGCGGUCCGAUCCUGCCUCUCCGCCUGUGGUGAAGACCCCAACCUGGUACAAAUCGUCGUUCCCCUUCCCGACACCGUCGAACAUCUCACCGGACACCCUCGCAUCAGACACAUCACCUUUAUCGGCUCCGAACAGAUCGGUCAAAAAGUCGCCAUCAAAGGUGCCGAAGCGGGAACGCCCGUUCUUCUCGAAUUGGGCGGUAAAGACCCUUGCAUCAUCCUCGACUCGGCCGACCUCAAAGCUUUCGAAGAUACGUGGAUGCGCGCUGCUUUCCAAGCGGCCGGACAGAAUUGUAUCGGCGUGGAAAGGUUCAUCGUGCAUGACAAAGUCUACGAUCGGUUCGUCGCUUCGAUGGCUUCUCGUGUCGAGGCUUUGAAAGUGGGCGAUGUCUUGGCCAAGGAUUUGGAUCGGGACGCUACGAAUCGCGUCGAUGUAGGAGCGAUGGUUUGGGAUCGUCUGUUUGGUGAAUUGGAACGACUCGUCCUUUCAGCCGUUAAAGAUGGGGCGAGAUGCAUCAUCGGUGGUAAACGGAUCGAGGAGCAUCCUACCUCUCCCCAAGGGCAUUAUUUCCAACCGACCCUGUUGGUCGACGUGACGACCGAAAUGGAAAUCGCGAACCAAGAGGUCUUUGCUCCCGUGAUGACGGUGAUGAGGUUCAAGGAAUUGGACGAGGCGAUCGAGUUGGCCAAUUCGACGAGGUAUGGAUUGGGCGCGAGUGUGUUUGGAAGGAAGCAGAGGGAUUGUAGGUACGUCGUUGAGAGGGUCGAGGCGGGGAUGGUGUGCACCAAUGGUACGUUCUUUCGAUGGUAUGCGUUAAUUCCGGAGCUCCACGACUGAGGAGCUCCUUACGUUGAUUGCAAACAGAUUUUGGCGUCUUCUACCUCAACCAAGCCCUCCCCUUUGGAGGGUGCAAAGCCUCGGGCUACGGUCGAUUCGCCGGUAAGGAAGGCCUUCGUGGCCUAUGCAAUCCCAAAGCCGUGACGGAGGAUCGGUUUCACGGAUGGAUCCAGACGGGAAUCCCUCCUUUGCUUGCGUAUCCGAUCAAUUCGGGUCGGGGUGCGUGGGGUUUCGUCAGUGGUUUGGUGGGUGUGAUGUAUGCCGAUGGGGUGUGGAACAAGCUCAAGGGCUUGGUCGGGCUCGUUUCGGCCAAGUGA